CUUCCACCAGCUCCAUCCAUCACCAGACUCACUGCUGGGUACAGCUCUUAUCAUCACUCCAACAGCACGCAGGAUCAGCAUGGAGGACCCAGAUGACUUAUAUAUGGAAGACAUUCCUGGAGUUAAAGAAGCCCUGCAGAACAACGACACUGCUGCAGCAGCUGCAAAGAUUCAAGAAAAUUUAAAACAACAAAAUAAUAUCCCACUAAAUAUCGCCAUCACAGGAGAAGCUGGCUCUGGUAAAUCCACCUUUGUUAACGCCUUCAGAGGACUAUGUGAUGAUGAGGAGGGAGCUGCUCCUACUGGUGUUACAGAAACCACCUCAGAGGUCACAGCGUACCCCCAUCCAAACUAUCCCAAUGUUAUGUUGUGGGAUCUUCCUGGAAUCGGCACCACCAAGUAUCCAGCUGAUGAGUACCUGAAGCUUGUUGGAUUUGAGAAGUUUGACUUCUUCAUCAUCAUCUCAGCCACUUGCUUCACGGAAAAUGACGUGAAACUGGCUCAGGAGAUUCAGAAGAUGAAGAAAAAGUUCUACUUUGUUCACUCAAAGAUUGACAACGAUAUAAAUGCUGAGAGAAGAAAGAGAGACUUCAGUGAAGAGGAGACUCUCAAAGUAAUCAGAGACGACUGCGUUCACAGACUCGGAGGAUUAGGCUUCGAGUCUCCGCAGGUGUUCCUGGUGUCCAGCUUUGAGCUCCACCUGUACGACUUCUCUCUCUUACAUGAGACCUUAGAGAGAGACCUUCCUUCAAAGAAGAGAGAUGCUCUGCUGUUCAUCAUGCCCAACAUCAACCCAGAGAUCAUCAGGAAGAAGAAAAAAGCUUUCAAGCGCCAAUUAUAUUGGUUGGCCACUCUGUCUGCAGCUGGAGCAGCUGUUCCACUUCCUGGUCUUUCUAUUGCUGUUGAUGCUGCUUUGCUGGUUGGUGCCGUCACACAUUAUGUUCAUGCGUUUAGUCUCGAUGUCCCGUCUCUGAAGAGACUUUCUAACAGAACAGGUGUGCCCUACGCUGAUCUGUGUGCUGUCAUCAUUUCACCACUGGCUGCAGCAGAAAUAACUACAGAGCUCCUCUUGAAGGUCAUGACCCAAGUGGGACGCACAGCUGCAUUAAUUGCAGCAGAGGAAGCAUCCAGAUUUAUUCCGUUUAUUGAAAUCCCAGUAGCCAUGGGUCUCUCUUUCAUCACAACUUACAAAGUUCUGAAUGUUGUCCUCAGUGAGCUCGCUGAAGAUGCUGAGAAGGUGUUUGAAAAAGCUCUGCGUCAGUAAAACUCAAAUGAAGCUUAGUGACUGUGUGCUGUGUGUAAAUUCUCCUAAACGACUGAAUCCAGGCACCAGUUUAGCUCACAGGUUCAACAGGUGACCACAUGCUCAGCUAAAUGCAGAGUCCUGGAUUUGACCUCUGACCCUGCUGUGUGUCUGCUCCACACUCUCGCUCUCACUGCAAUAUUUAACAAAGGCAAAACAAUAUAUAUGUACUGAGUCACAGUCAGCUGCACAUUUAUCUUUCACAGUGAUCAGAAUAAAUUUGAUUUGUUUUACAAAAACCUGUUUAUAACGUAGAGGAGCUGCU